AUGGAUGCAAGUCAGUUUUGUGCGGAUGCUGAAGGGGGUAUUGUGCCAAUAGUCUCCCAUGAGGACUUGAUGCGACUUGGGUUCGUCUAUGUCGUCGACGCCCUAGAAAGGUGGGGCAAUGUUUUCACGGCUACAGACAAGAUUCAUUCACUUGGCUUCACUUUCGGGGAGGAUGAGCUACGCUUCAAUCGGUACGUCUUGAAAACUACCGCAGCGAACCUCAGAAAAGUCCGAAAAAUAUUUUUACUGAUAUGGCUUUGGUACUACGGUAGUACCUUAGACGUGUUCUAUUUUACACAGCUGAUGGCGGCGAUGUAUCGAGAGGAUCCGCUACAGGAGUGCGAAUCGCCUUCAUUCUCCGAUUUUCCCACCUUCUACCAAAAACAUUAUGAUAUUUUGGGCCCCUCCGUCUGGCGCUCAUAUUACUCCUUGUCUUUUUUGACCCAGAAAGCAACGACGCGAUUCUUUCGCCCACCAGAUCUUCGGGACCUUCCUGGCUCUUCCCAUUCGCUUUUUGAAGACCAUCAACCCAUGCCGGAAAAUCUCUUGGUGGAACCAACCCAACUCCUCAAAGUCCCGCGAUGGGCUUUUACUGUUGUAUGCACACGUGCAAAACAACAAUUUUUACCAUCUACGACUAUAACAGCACUGGCUUUGACUACCUUGGAAGCAACAAUCACUAGUCUUCAUAGGGACUACCCAAGAGUACAACCAUACUCUGAACCUCUUGCGCGCUAUUGGCUUGACCAAGUGGUACCAGCGUUUGGUCCUGGUCCCUGUGCCUUUGGUGAACUAGUUGGAAUGGGAUUAUGGAAUAUCCAUUGGCUAAGUGGUCGGUAUGUCGCCCAAGUUACAGGGCAAGAUUUUACUCAACCUCAGAAAUCCCUUUUUUCCGGAUGGCCAGACGGAGGAACCAGUGCGCUUGCCGCGUAUAGGGGAUGGAAAGAAGAAAUCGGAAGCGAGGAGGAGGUCCAGUUCCUAGCCGCUGUCGCGUGUCAGGAAACAGCUGGUCUCUCCGACAAAGAAAGCGCGCUCGGUGAUUUCGACUUAUCAGUUCGAUCGCAUAUCCUACUGGCAAUCAUGCAGGCGACAGUAAAGGACCAAGCCGCGAGAGCAGAGUUUCUUGAUGACCUCGAAGAGCGCAUGGUACGUGCAAGCAUCAUCGAGUCGGAGAGGGUGAAAUUGUGGAUGUCGGAAGUCUCGAAGAUCAUGGAGCCCUACACGCAUGAAUGGCAGGGCAAAUGGCCUGGCUCUGGGAAAGGCGAGUCCACACUGCGGCGGAUUCUGGUAGAGAAUCCCCAACUUUUUGCGUUCUGGAACUACUCGUGGUGUUCGAAGCAGUUUUACUUUGAGCUAGCGCGGAGGAAAGAUGAUUGA